AUGGGUGUAAUAUUGCCUUUACUUGUUGGAACAAUAUUCUGGUUACUUGUUGGUGCUGUUGGACCAUUUUUAGCACCAAAAGGAGUAAAUAGAGGAUUAAUUCAAACGAUGAUUGUUUUAACAGCGGCUUGUUGUUGGUUAUUUUGGAUUCUUGUAUAUCUGCAUCAGUUAAAUCCUCUUAUUGGUCCUCAACUUCCGGUUAAAACCAUUAAAUGGAUUAGCGAAAAAUGGGGAAAUGCACCUCAAUUCGUUAAUUAA